CUAAAGUAACAAAAAAAAACUAUGGAUUAUUACACACGCUCGAACUCCGAAUCCACUCUCGCCGUCGUUUUCCGUUGCUUUAUAUGCAUGGAAAAACUGAGAGACGCUCAACUGUGUCCGCACUGUUCGAAGUUGUGCUGUUACGAGUGCAUCAGCAGAUGGUUGACCGAGCAAAGAUCCCAGUGUCCCCAUUGCAGAGCCCCUUUGCACUUGCACGAGCUAGUGAAUUGCCGAUGGGUCGAAGAAGUCACUCAACAACUAGAUAAUAUGGAAAUUGCAAGCCUCGAUAGAAAUGAAGAAAAUUCUCGCGACAAGUGCUCAACGCAUUCGGAAAAGUUAUCAGUUUACUGUACAACUUGCCGAUGCUGCAUUUGUCACCAAUGCGCUUUAUGGAGUGGGACUCAUUCAGGGCACGCAUUCAAACCCUUGGAUGAAGUUUAUGAGCAGCAUGCGAAUCAAAUAAAGGACGAAGUUGAUCAGCUAAGAACUCGCGCAAUUGAACUUCUUAGUAUAACUCAAGAAGUUGAAAAAAAUGUGAAAUCUAUAGAAUCUGCCAAAAAUGAACGGGUAAGAGAACUUAGAACUACUGUUGAGCUUAUGAUUGGUAGAUUAGACACUCAGCUAAAAGCCAAAAUGAAUACAUUGGUAACGCAAAAGAACUCCCUUGGCCAAGAAUCUAAUGAGUUGGAGCGUUUAAUUCAAAAAAUCGAACGACAUUUGCACAUUUGCACCAGAUCCGAUCUUAUUACAAAAGGUGCUGAGCUUACAAGAAUAAUUCAAAACGUUCUCAAAAAACCAUUAACCAGUUUUGUGACUGCUCCAAUUCCGGGAGAUUUUAAUAGCGAAAUCAUUCCACCUUAUUUCAAGAGUAGAUUUGUUAUGCGGGACUUUAGCCAAUUACAACUUAAAGCUGAACCUGUGUAUUCAGCACCAUUACAUUACAACGGACUUUGUUGGAGACUCAAAGUAUAUCCCAAUGGAAAUGGUGUGGUUCGUGGCAACUAUUUAUCCGUAUUUUUGGAACUAGGUGCUGGAUAUCCAGAAACAUCAAAGUAUGAGUAUCGAAUUGAAAUGAUAAGCCAGACUGGAGAUUCUGAAAAAAAUAUCAUCAGAGAAUUUGCUUCUGAGUUUGAAGUUAGUGAAUGCUGGGGCUAUAAUAGAUUUUUCCGUUUGGAUAUGCUAGCCACCGAGGGAUUUUUAAAUAUUCAAAUGGAUACUUUAGUUCUCAGAUUCCAAGUAAGGGCUCCUACUUAUUUCCAACUAUGCAGAGACCAGCAAUGGUUCAUCAGUCAACUACAAGCCUCUCAAAACACACAUAUUAUGUCGCAAGCGAGUGAGUCAGCGGUCCAAAUAACAAGAAACACUGCAACUGCUAAUAUAAACGCUAACUCUCAAGGAGACGUACCCAAUGCAGCCCGAAUAAAAAGCAAGUUCAAUCUAGAGCCUAUGCAAUCAAUAAUAACUAACGACGUUGCAGAAAGUAGUCAUUCUGAACCAUCAACUUCUCGAGUUUUUAAAUCUGAACAAAUCUUCAAUCAUCCUGAUUUGACCAGCUUGACCAUAAAUAUGGCUAGCUGUAGUACUAGUGACUCCCACAACAAAACUGUAUCUACCAAUUGCCCUACAGAAUCUCAGGCAAACAAUGAUAAAUCCAGCAGCAGUUCUGGAUUAAACAGUUCCAUAGAGACUCAGGUUGGCUCUCAACGUCAGACUUUGACGUUGGGAGUAUCUUCAAGUUCUCCCAACCUAUUGAAUGCAGUACCGUUGAUAAUUACCAGCAGCAGUAGCGAAAGUGAUUUGAGCGAACCAGAAGCUUUGAUGGGGUUGUUUGCUUCUUUAGACACGAGCAUUGAUACUGGAGAUAAUUCGAUUGAUGAAACUGAUAUUUUGGACAUGGCGUCGGUAGGGGGAUUUUGCGAUUGUGACUGUGAGGAAUCGUUGUCUUCUCCGGAAAGUACUGUUUCUUCUGAUCGCGAACAGCAAGCUGAAAAAGAUGGUCAGGCUCCUGUUUUGCCUGAAAACUAACUUAUUUUUACUUAGAUUUUCUUAUGUGUGACUUUCAAAUUUGUAGCAGUAAAAGUUCGGAAAUCAAUUUUGAAACGUGCCUAUACUAAAUUAUUAUAUUUUGUUUUUUGGUUGUUCAAAUAAUAUACGGUGUUGUAGAA